CUCCCUUGCUUCAGACCUGCUGCACAUCUUCCUUCAGAGCCACCAUGAUGAGUUUUGGAGGAUUAUCCCCCACCAAACCGGCCACUCCUGAGAUUCAGGCAAUCGCUGACCAGGUGAGCUGCCCUCUCCCCACAGAUUCCUCUCCCCCUCCACCACCACCAGGCAGAGAGGGGCUCUGGGGCUCUGCCUCUUCUGGAGACAGAAUAGAGGUGGGGAAGUCUGGCUUCCAGCCUCAUUGCGCUAAGAGGCUUUUCUUGACUCACUGUGGAAAAUGACUGCCAUGUUGAGGCCUGUUUCUCAAGGAUUCCCAAAUGUCAACGCUAGCUGUACAUGUGAAAAGGAUCUAGGGGUCUCAGUGGACCACAAGCUCAUCAUGAGUCCACAGCGUGACGCAGCAGCAAAAAAGGCUAAUUCUAUUCUAGGCUGCAUCCACAGAAGUCUAGUGUCCAGAUCAAGGGAAGUCAUAGUCCCACUCUAUCCUGCCUUGGUCAGACCACACCUAGAAUAUUGUGUCCAGUUCUGGGCACCACAAUUCAAGAAGGAUGUUGAGAAGCUGGAUCAUGUGCAGAGGAGGGCGACCAAGAUGAUCAAGGGUCUGGAAACCAAGCCUUAUGAGGAGCGGUCGAAGGAGCUGAGUACGUUUAGCUUGGAAAAGAGGAGACUGAGAGAAGAUAUGGUAGCCAUCUGCAAAUAUCUUAUGGGCUGUCACAUGCAAGAGGGAGCAAGCUUGUUUUCGCCUGCUUUAGGGGUUAGGACAUAGGUAGGCAAACUAAGGCCUGGGGGCCGGAUCUGGCCCAAUCGCCUUCUAAAUCUGGCCCGCAGACAGUCUGGGAAUCAGCGUGUUUUUACAUGAGUAAAAUGUGUCCUUGUAUUUAAAAUGCACCUCUGGGUUAUUUGUGGGGCAUAGGAAUUAGUUCAUUUUUCUUCUUCAGAAUAUAGUCUGGCCCCAGAACGUCUGAGGGGUAGUGGACCGGCCCCCUGCUGAAAAAGUUUGCUGACCCCUGGGAUAGGACUUGAACCAAUGGCUUCAAGUCACCAGAAAAGAGAUUUUGGUUUUCUGACAGUAAGAGAUGUUUGAUGGCAGACCAGUCUCCCUGGGGAGAUGGUGGACUCUCCUUCCCUGGAGUUCUUUAAGCAGACGUUGGGUGGCCCUCUGUCCCGGAUGCUUUAGCUGAGAUUCCUGCAUUGUGGGGGUUGGACUAGAUGCCCCUUGGGGGCCCCUUUCCAACUCUACAAGUCGAUGAUUCUAUGAAAGGCUUUGGGGGCCUUGUGCUCUCCAAGUGUACAACUCCAACCAGCUCCCGGCCAGGAUGGCCAAAGCACUAGGAGGGCAUCCAAUGGGGAGGGGCUGGUGCCAAAAGCUUCCCCCCCUUGCCUGUCCCAGGGAACCUCCAGCAGCUUCUUCGGCCCCCAUGAGUGAGCCAAGCCUCUCUCCUCCCACCCUCGGGGCCCUUUCAGCUCCCUGCUGCCACAACCAUCAGCCUUUGCCUUCUUCCCGCAGGUGAAAUGUCAGCUGGAAGCAAAAGUGAACCAGGCAUUCAACCUCUUUGAGGUUACUGAGUUCAGGACUCAGGUGGUGGCUGGCACCAACUACUUCCUCAAGGUCAGUGGCCCUUUCCUGGCUGGUUUAUUUAUUGCAUCUCUAAAUCAGCUUUUCCUCCAAGGACCUCCGGGGGGCAGGCAUGGAUCUCAUCCUGCUAAGAGACACCAGGCCGUUUUGAGACAUUCUCCAAGGAGAAUCUGAGUAUGGUAAAUCUUAGGAAUAAAUUUCUGAGGGCAAGAGACGUCUGACAGUAAGGGACUCCCAUGGAAAGUGAUGGCCUCGCCUUCCCUGGAGGUUUUUAAACAGAUGUCGGAUGGAUAGACAACCCAGCACAACACAACAUUUUUAUUAAGUCUCCAACAAUAUUUCAAAGCAUUUAUCAUCAUAUACACAGUGGGUGGCGCGGUGGGUUAAACCACAGAGCCUAGGACUUGCCGAUCAGAAGGUCAGUGGUUCAAAUCCCCAUGACGGGGUGAGCUCCCGUUGCUCGGUCCCUGCUCCUGCCAACCUAGCAUUUCGAAAGCACGGCAAAGUGCAAGUAGAUCAAUAGGUACCGCUCCAGUGGGAAGGUAAACGGUGUUUCCGUGUGCUGCUCUGGUUCACCAGAAGCGGCUUAGUCCUGCUGGCCACACGACCCGGAAGCUGUACGCCGGCUUCCUCGGCCAAUAAAGCGAGAUGAGCGCUGCAACCCCAGAGUCAGCCACGACUGGACCUAAUGGCCAGGGGGCCCUUGACCUUUACCAUGUUUCUUUUUUACUUUCCAACCCUCCUUGCCUGAUGUUUGUUUUUCACUCAUAUUUAUUAGCUGUUUUAUAACACAAAUAUUUUUAUCAUCUAAACCUCACUGCCGUUCAAUCUUUCGUUCAGCCACUGCUCAUAUUUCAAAUCCUGCCCAUGACUUCAUAACUGGGUGAUAAUUUGAGAGGUAAUCCACCAGCUUUUCCCAUUCCUCCUUAAACGCUUUGUCAUUACAUCCUCUUAAUUUGGCACUUUAUUAUUUUUAUUUAUUGGAUUUAUAUCCUGCCCCAUACCCAGAGGUCUCAGAGCGGUUCACGGAGCAAAAUCUCACCAUUUCAGAAUAUUCCAUCUGUUUCACAAGCCGUUUCUCCUUCGUUGGUUGUCCCUUCUCUUUCCACUUCUGUACAUACAAAGUUCUAGCUGCUGUUGUCGUGCACAUAAAUAGAGGAACCAUCGUUCAGCCGGUCUCUGCUGGUGACACCCUUUCUGUCUUCUUCCCUCCUCCUCCUCCUCACAGGUCCGGUAUGCGGAGGACAAAUACGCCCACCUUCGUGUGUUCGAGAACCUUUCAGGCGAUCUCACGCUCCACGGUUAUGAGCUGAACCACACCAGGACGGACCCCAUCACCUACUUCUAGCAGCAGCGGAGAGCUCAAGAGCUCAGGAGCUCUUUCAAUAAAGAGGAG